GUCCUCAGCCGCGCUAAGAUGGCGACUCCCAUGCAUCGGCUCAUAGCUCGGAGACAAGCUGAAGCAAAUAAACAACAUGUAAGAUGUCAGAAAUGCUUGGAAUUUGGACAUUGGACUUAUGAAUGCACAGGAAAAAGAAAAUACCUACAUAGGCCUUCAAGAACAGCAGAACUAAAGAAAGCUUUAAAAGAAAAAGAAAACAGAUUAUUAUUAUUACAACAAAGCAUUGGAGAAACUAAUGCAGAGAGGAAGACCAAGAAAAAAAGGUCGAAGAGUGUAACCAGUUCCAGUAGCGACAGCAGUGACAGUUCAGCCAGUGAUUCCUCAUCCGACAGUGAAGACACAUCUACCUCGUCCUCCUCCGAGGAUAGUGACACCGACGAAAGCUCCUCCAGUUCAUCAUCUUCAACCUCCUCCACAAGCUCCUCCUCGUCCUCCGAUUCGGACUCCGACUCCAGUUCUUCCAGUGGCGGCAGCACCAGCACAGGGAGCAGCUCUGAGGACGAGCCACCAAAGAAGAAGAGAAAGAAAUAGAAUUGCCCCUCGCUAUUGGACUGCUGAGCUGUGGACAUUAAUGUGAUUCUCGAAAGGGAAUUUAGAGUAUGUUAAGGCCAAAUAGAUUAACCGGUCAAAAUUUCUGGAGUUCAAAAGUUUCUAAGUGUUUUACAUCUUAAGAGCAUAAAGAGUAUUAAUAAUGAGUUAUAUAUAUAUAUAUGUAUGUAUAUAUAAAAGACUUUUUUUAUUUUAAGGGUAAAUCUUGUUUUUCCUUUUUAUCUUUAAUAUAUAUCUCUAAAACUUAAAGCUGAAUCCAGUAAAUAUGUUUUUGGGAUGAAACUUAUCUUUUCUCCCUGUGAAAUAAAUGCCAUACUUUGUUAUUUGUUAGUGCUAUGUAUCAGACAUGUUUUCAGGAUAAUGCAUCAGAAUAUCUGGCAGUGAA